CGGCCGGUGGUGCUGGCUGUAAACCCGCCUUCCAACGGCUCUCUUCUCGUUUUCAUUGCCCGCUUUCUCGUCCCGCACGAGCGCUGGGAUAACGCCAACAUCUCUCUCUCUGGUCCAACACACAACUGUCGUUGUUCGCGUUUUGGUAUAACGUUAGUCGUCAAGGAUGAUUGAAGCUCCGUGGACGCAGACCCCACAAGCGAUCCUUGGGUACUUUGAUGUGGAUCCGUAUAAUGGCUUGAGCGAAGGGCAGGUGGAGAAGCACGCGGAGAAGUAUGGCAGGAACGAGCUCCCCGAGGACCCGCCGACUCCGCUUUGGGAGCUCAUCCUAGAGCAAUUCAAGGACCAGCUUGUGCUGAUUCUUCUCGCUUCUGCUGUGGUCUCUUUUGUCCUCGCGCUCCUCGAGGAGCGUGCAGAGGACUCGUCAAUCAUGGGCGCCUUCGUCGAACCGCUCGUCAUUCUCUUGAUUUUGGCUGCGAACGCGACUGUUGGCGUCAUUCAGGAAACGAAUGCGGAGAAGGCUAUUGACGCGCUGAAGGAAUACUCCCCCGACGAAGCUAAGGUUCUUCGUCACGGCAAGGUAGUGAAGAUUCACGCUGAAGAGCUCGUCCCCGGAGACAUCAUUAGCAUCGCGGUUGGAGACAAGAUUCCGGCGGAUUGCCGUCUUCUCUCCAUCUCGUCCAGCAGCUUCCGUGUCGAUCAGGCCAUUCUCACCGGCGAGAGCCAGAGUGUCAGCAAGUACGUAGACGUCGUCCCCGACGCCAAGGCCGUCAAGCAGGACAUGACCAACAUGAUCUUCGCUGGCACGACGGUCGUCAAUGGCACCGCUCAAGCCGUCGUCGUCUACACCGGCGAACGCACCGCCAUGGGCGACAUUCACAAGUCGAUCUCGUCCCAGAUCUCGGAGAAGACGCCGCUGAAGCGCAAGCUUGACGACUUUGGGGACAUGCUCGCCAAGGUCAUCUCCGUCAUCUGCGUCCUCGUCUGGGCCGUCAACUUCCGCCACUUCUGGGACCCUGCCCACGGCGGCGCGCUCAAGGGCGCGGUGUACUACUUCAAGAUCGCCGUCGCACUCGCCGUCGCGGCGAUCCCCGAGGGGCUGGCCGCCGUCAUCACCGCUUGCCUCGCGCUCGGGACGAAGAAGAUGGCGCAGAAGAACGCGAUCGUGCGCAACUUGCCGAGCGUGGAGACCCUUGGGUGCACGAACGUGAUCUGCUCGGACAAGACUGGCACAUUGACCACCAACCAGAUGAGCGUGUCUAGGUUUUUGACCAUCGACGCCAGCGGAAGCCCACAGGAGUUCACCGUUGAGGGCACGACGUUUGCGCCUCAUGGGUCGGUGAACUCUGCUGGUGGCAAAGAGGUGUCUGCUGAACUCCGGUCAGAGCCUAUUCAGCGCUUGGCUGAGAUUAGCUCCAUUUGCAACGAUGCCAAGAUUGUGUACAACACUGAGAAGGGCAUUUACUCGAAUAUUGGCGAACCCACCGAGGCGGCCCUCAAGGUGCUCGCGGAGAAGCUCCCCUGUCCGGACGCUGAACUCGCCAAGAACCUGUCUUCGCUCCCCCCCGCCGACCGUGCCAACGCCGUAAACCAGUGCUACGAGCGCGCGCUUCCUCGCCUGCUCACCUUCGAGUUCUCCCGCGACAGGAAGAUGAUGUCCGUCCUCGUCAAGCGAGGCGCGUCCGGCUCGCUCUUCGUCAAGGGCGCACCCGAGUCCGUGCUCGACCGUUGCACGUCCGCGCUCGUCAACGGCCGGACGGUACCGAUGACACCUGCCCUCCGCGACCAGAUCAUGUCUCGCACGCUCGCGUACGCCAACCUUGGUCUUCGGACGCUUGCCCUCGCCUACACGGAUGUUGCGGACCCCAACGCGGAGACGUUCCGGGUAGAGAACACGACGGACUACGCGCGGUUCGAGAGCGAGCUCGUGUUCGUGUCCGUCGUCGGUAUGCUUGACCCGCCCCGGCCGGAGGUGCGCGAGGCGGUGGCGAACUGCAAGGCGGCGGGUAUCCGCGUUAUUUGCAUCACGGGCGACAACAAGGUCACGGCGGAGACGAUCUGCCGCCAGAUCGGGAUCUUCGGCGAGGACGAGGAUCUGACGGGAAAGAGUUACACCGGGCGCGAGCUCGAUGCGUUGAGCCCGGAGGAAAAGCUGGAGGCGGUCACGAGGGCGAGCUUGUUUAGCCGGACGGAACCGGGGCAUAAGAGCCAGUUGGUGGAUCUGCUGCAGAGCCAGGGGCUUGUCGUGGCGAUGACCGGCGACGGUGUUAAUGAUGCGCCGGCUUUGAAGAAGGCGGACAUCGGUGUGGCGAUGGGCAGCGGAACAGACGUCGCGAAGCUGGCUGCUGACAUGGUGCUCGCGGACUCGAACUUUGCAACAAUAGAGCAGGCCGUCGAAGAGGGCCGAUUAAUCUACAAUAACACGAAGCAAUUCAUCCGCUAUCUUAUUUCAUCCAAUAUCGGCGAGGUUGUCAGCAUUUUCCUCACGGUGCUCUUGGGCAUGCCCGAGGCGCUCAUUCCGGUGCAACUUCUCUGGGUCAACUUGGUCACGGACAGUCUGCCUGCGACCGCGUUGGGCUUCAACCCGCCCGACCACUCGAUCAUGCGUGUUCCGCCACGGAACAGCCGCGAGCCAUUGGUUGGCCGGUGGCUGUUCUUCCGCUACAUGGUCAUCGGCACGUAUGUCGGAUGCGCGACCGUCUUCGGUUACGCUUGGUGGUUCAUCUUCUACGAAGGUGGCCCGCAGAUCUCGUUCUAUCAGCUCACUCACUUCCACAAGUGCUCGGCACUGUUCCCCGAAAUCGGCUGCGAGAUGUUCACGAACAUCAUGGCGCACCGGGCGACGACGAUGAGCUUGUCGAUCCUCGUGACGAUCGAGAUGUUCAACGCGAUGAACUCGUUAUCGGAGAACGAGAGCUUGCUCAGGUUACCAGUUUGGCGGAACAAGUUCCUCGUGGGUGCCAUCGCGUUAAGCAUGGCGUUGCACGUGGCCAUCCUCUAUAUUCCGUUCUUCACGGCCCUGUUCCAGAUCACGCCGCUCAACUGGACGGAGUGGAAGGCUGUCCUGUUGAUCAGCGCGCCGGUGCUGCUGAUCGAUGAGGUCCUCAAGUUUGUAACGGGGACGUUCAUCGAACCGCCGACGAAGGUCAAGAUCGACUAGAUGUGUAGAUUAAUCUGUAGUUGGAGUAUACGACGAGCCAUGUACCUUCUUGCGUCAAAAAUGCAUAUACCAGGGAAACGC